UUGCCUUCUCUAUAUUUGUGUUUCUUGAUUUUUUUUUCCCUUCAUUUCCCAUGUAAGUUUAAGGGUAAAUUCCUUAGAGAGUAAAGUUGAAAGUAGAAAAAAACAAAAAAAUGGUAAGGGUCAUUGAUUCAUCAGAGUGUCCUAGUGUUUGUGGUUUCUUGAUUGUUGAAGCUUAUCCUAAAAGGUACUCUUCCAAGAUCCCUUCUGAUUUAGUACUUUUUUUAGGCCUUGGUUUCAUAGAUUGGUAAUCUUAUAUAUACAUUUGGAGUUGUUGAUACAAUCAAAAGAUACACAAAAAUAUAUAUAUAUAGUUUUCUGUUAUUAGAGGUGAAAAAAGAUACAAAUUUUAUGUAGGAUUUGGGGGAAAUAAAGACUAUGGGUUUUACAAGAUUUGUUCAGUUUGUUUCACUUGUUUUUGGAGGGUUUAAUGAGAUUCUUGGGUUAGGGCUGGAUAUAGUUUUCAUCUAGUUUUUUUGUUUUUUUUUUUUUUUUUUCUAGCUUUUUUUGACUUUUAUAGCAGUUUCUUGAUAUUUUUCUAUCUGGGGUUUUGAGGGUUUGUAAGUUAUGCGACUGUGAAUGUUGUUUUUGGGACUAGUAUGAUGGAUGUGUUCUUUGUAAAGAUCAAUUCUUUGUCAAAAAAGUUCCUGUGGGUACUUAAAUAUUGGAGCUAGCAUUAGCAAGUAGAGUCCCUAAUUUCAAGGGGAGAAAUUUGUACUGCUUACCUACUCAAAAAAAGAAAAAGGGGGACAAAUUUGUGAAAUGGUAGAUACUCUUCUUACAACACUGUUAAUGGAGAAUAAUCAUCACCCUUCAACCCUUUUGUCCAUGGAUUCCAGUGCUUCCUCUUCACAUGAUGAAUUAGACCUUGAGAUGAAUCGCCAAGUGGUUAUAGCUCGUCCCCCGGACAUCAAUUUGCCCUUAUCUGUUGAGCGUAGCUCGCCAACUCAGCCGUGGAACACUGAACAUUGCGAUAUUCUUGAUGUCGGGCUUGGGACCCACCAGAUCUAUGAAACCGAAACUUUCCUUAGUGUCGUGCCAAAAGUAGGGAGGAAAUGUGUGAAACGUGUAGAUAGCAUUUGGGGCGCGUGGUUUUUCUUUAGUUUCUAUUUUAAGCCUGUUUUAAGCGAGAAAUCUAAGGCUAAGAUGAUCCGGGACAGUAAUGGAGUUUCCGGUUUUGAUAAAUCUGAUCUCAUGCUCGAUGUUUUCAUGGUUCAACAUGAUAUGGAGAAUAUGUACAUGUGGGUAUUCAAGGAUAGACCUGAGAAUGCAUUGGGUAAGAUGCAAUUAAGGAGUUACAUGAACGGGCAUUCUCGACAAGGGGAACGUCCAUUUCCGUUUAGUGCUGAUAGGGGUUUCAUUCGAUCCCAUAGGAUGCAAAGGAAGCAUUAUAGAGGCUUAUCGAAUCCUCAGUGUGUUCAUGGGAUCGAGAUUGUGUCGUCUCCAAAUCUCAUGGUUCUUGAUGAAGAGGAGCGGAAAAGAUGGAAGGAACUUACGGGUAGGGACUUUAAUUUCACUAUCCCACCGGAAGCUAGUGAUUAUAGUACGUGGAGAAACCUCCCCAACACCGAAUUUGAGCUUGAGAGGCCACCUCCAGCGAUAAAGAGUAAUCCACAUUCCAACAACUCGAAGAAACUGCUUAAUGGUUCUGGACUUAAUUUGUCAACUCAGCCGUCGCCCAAUCAUAGCAACGGAGACGCGAUGGACCUACUACCUGCUGUCAACGGCAAAAGGAAAAAGGACUUCUUCUCAAAUGGAAAUGAAGAAGAGUGUUAUCUGCAAGUAAAUCCUCCUUCCUAUCAAAUUCCAGACUUGGAAAUUCACCCAAAUGAACCGCAUUGGUUAAAUGAAUUUAGUGGAGUGAUGAGGGAUGCUUAUGGGCCGGUCACAGCUGCAAAAUCCAUCUACGAAGAUGCUGAAGGUUAUUUGAUCGUAAUCAGUUUACCAUUUGUAGAUCUUCAAAGAGUGAAAGUUUCAUGGCGGAACACGCUCGCACAUGGGGUAAUCAAGGUGUCUUGUUUGAGCACAUCUCAAAUUCCAUUCAUCAAGAGACAGAAUAGGACUUUCAAGCUUGAUGUUUCAUCCUCGGAACACUGUCCUCCAGGAGAGUUUGUCAGAGAAAUCCCUCUUCCAGCCAGAAUUCCUGAAGAUGCUAAAAUUGAAGCAUAUUAUGACGGAUCAGGAACAGUGCUCGAGAUAUUGGUGCCAAAAGUCCGCGAGGGGCUAGAAGAAGAACAUGAAGUUCGGGUUUGUCUCCGUCCUCACCUUGUCGGAAACGACCUCAUGUUGACUUAGACGCUUAGGGAAAUGUAUAAUGGGUGGUUGUUAGGGCUGGUGUUUCAUUCAGCAUUGACUUUGUAUUAUCUAUAGUGUGGUGUUAUGGAACUGAUUAUGAUCUUAUGUUCCAUUCUUACACACUAAAUCUUGUGGUUGAUAGUUCUUAUCUUGGCUAGUUUUUAUUGGAACAGUAUUUGCUAUGAAAUUUCAGUUGUUUUA